CUACUCUACGUGAGUUCUGUAGCACUCUGUUGUUCUGUGCUAAAGUCUAGCUACAUAGUAAUUUGUGCUGUAGCUUACUCCAAGGGAGCAAAAGUAAGUUAGCUAGCUUGUUCUUAAGUAGUUUUUCGACAGAUCAGUGGACGAUUUGAAGACACUGACGUUAGUUCGCUUUCAAUUUGAAAAUGUUGAGUCCUGCUACUAACGGGGACUCGCUCCACGUUGUUGAAUAUGUGGAGGAGUAUUUGGACUUAGUCGAGUCAUUACCUUUGGACCUACAGAGGAGUGUGUCUCUGAUGAGAGAAUUUGACGUGAAAUACCAGGAGAUCCUGGCAGAGCUGGAUGAGGUCUAUGAGAAGCUGAAGAAGGAGGCAGACCCGGUCCAGAGGAAGCGGCUGAUGCACUGCCUCCAGAGGGUGCUGAUCCAGAGCCAGGAGCUCGGGGACGAGAAGAUCCAGGUCGUCAGCCAGAUGGUGGAGCUGGUGGAGAACCGCAGCCGGCAGAUGGAGGGCCACAUGGAGCUGUUUGAAUCACGCCAGGAGCCAGCGGACAGCACCCCCGUGCCUGGCUUCACGUGCCAGGACCACAGACGAGACGGGACACCGAGCUCGGUCGACAGGCCCAGCAAAAAGCGGUCCCGGCGGCAGAAGAACAUCGAAAACCGGGAGAACUCCAAUGGCAACCUGGACCGCCGGGAUGAGGUGGGUGCUGGGACCCCCAAAGAGAAGAAGGCCAAGACCUCCAAGAAGAAGAAGCGGUCAAAGGCCAAAACAGAGAGGGAAGCUUCCCCCGCCGACCUGCCCAUCGACCCCAACGAGCCCACCUACUGCCUGUGCGACCAGGUGUCCUACGGGGAGAUGAUCGGCUGCGACAACGACGAGUGUCCCAUCGAGUGGUUCCACUUCUCCUGUGUGGGACUCAACCACAAGCCCAAAGGGAAGUGGUACUGCCCAAAAUGCAGGGGGGAGAGCGAGAAGACUAUGGACAAACUCCUGGAGAAAUCCAAAAAGGAGAGGGCUUACAACAGGUAGCUUGCUACCUGGAAACGCAGAUGGACAGAUUUCUGAAGAUGAAGGUCAUGUUUUGUUUUUUCUGUUUUCUUCUCUAGCACAAGGGCUUUGUACUUAUGUUGUUUGGGGCUGACUUAACACAGGUAGUCCUAUAUUUACAAAUGCCCAAAUAAUACAUUUUUUUCUACAGCGUUAGUUAUAAUAAGGGAAUUCACAGUGUAAAAAAAGGGAUCACUUUUUAGCAGACUUUUUGUAUAGCAAAAUGCGGUGCACUUAAAAGGCAGAUCAUAUUGUCUCUGGCAGCUUGAACAAGAUACAGUGCAUCUCCAAAGAAUGUCUAUGGCACUGUAAGAAGGAUCUCCAACUGCAGUCUUUAAGUUGAAAAUUUUGUUCCUGCUUCAGUACGUUCCAUCACCAGAACUCGAUGCCUUUCUCUUUAAGUUCUCAACAACCGGAGCAGUGGCAGGAACUCCCUAGUACCAGGAAUGAGAGCAGCAGGUCUCUGAGAUGUUCUCCAAGAUGGUGUAUGUUUUGUGUCCAUUUUUGCUAGUGUGCAUCCACCUCAUUUGAGUUUACUUUGCUCUUUGCUGUUAUGCCUGGAUCCAUGUCAGUGAUAUGUUUGCAUCAUCACAGUGCAUCUUGGCCAUCUUUCACCAGUAAUCACACCAGAAAAAGCUAAAAAGCUAGUAAAGCCACAGGCCCCUCCAGUUCUUGCUUCCCUCAGCAACCUUUGAACUGUAUUAGUGUUUUAUGGAAAAAUGUGGCUGCCCUGAGCCAAUCAGAUUGCAAAGAAGAUGAAUGUGUCCAAAAAACUCUGGCACCAUGGGCAAAUCAGUGUGUUAUUUUAUUGUGAAAACAGGAGUAAACCUAUUUGGUAAAACUUUCAUACAGGUCACAGCUGUGUCUGCAGGAUGUGUUACCAUAACCGAUAUUGCAGGUCCUGGUGACAUGAUACAGAUCUAACAUUGGAUUUUCCCUUCAGUUUUUACAGUGUCUGUUUAAACGGCACCAUAUAAGAGUAACUUGUGAUAUUUAGAGGACAUGGUUUGGUCAUUGCAUAUGACACCAGUCAUGACUACAUUUUGUGCUCGUCUCCCUGUUAUUUUUGUUUGCAGCUAUAUUUAUAUUUAUGUAGCUUUUAUUGUAUAGUGUAUUUACAAUUUUUCUCUAUGAAGAGUAUAUUUUCAUAUAUCUCUGGUUAUGAGUACAUAACCCUAAUUUGUACAUGUAUAAUAAGGGGGAAACCAUUGUUUAAAAUUAGCAAUGCAGUGCAACUCGAUUGUAAAUACCUGUUCGAGUUUACAUGCUUGCCUGGAAGGACUUUAAGAAAGCAAUCCUCAGGUGGUAUCUGUGACUCCCUGAUUUGAACCAAUCAUAGUGUUCUGCUACAGAGAGCGAAGGCUUGAUUUGUUCAUACUGUUUAGUGAUUGACAGCUUAUGGUAGCUCCACCCAUUAUGGCAGAGUUGUUCAGUUGUAGGCCACUAUAGACGUCUUCUUCAUCCCUUGAUAACUAAGGAACAAAAAAUAUUUAUAAUGCCUACUUAUUAAAACUGCAACUGCUUGAAACUGUAGUAUAGCAUUAUUCUACAUGCCCAGGAGCUUGGUGCCACGAGUAAAUACUUUUAGUUAUAAUGUAUUCUGUUAUUCCUGUUAUUUUGGUUUCCAGAAAUAAGUUUUUCAGUAUUGUUGUGUUUAGAAAUUGAUCGUUUACCACACACAAAGGACAAAAGAAGAUAAGGACAAUACUUUGUUCAGAACAUGAUAAUAGGUCUGCAUAGUUUAAGAGCAUGCACGCAUUGUGUAUACCGAUGGAGUGUGUAUUUUCGAGAGCAUUAAUCAAUAGAAUAUUGUCCUGUUUUUUUGUUUCUGCUGUCCUCUAUGAAAAGGUAGAGCCCUGCACAGUGGGGUUUGUGAAGCCUCACUGUCCCGUCAUGAGAAUAUCUUCCACAUGUAGCCGCUACUUACUGUAGUGCCCUAACGUUAUCUACUAUGGUAGUUGAAAUGAAUCUGGGCAUUACUGCUCAGCAAAAAAGUGCAAAGCAAUAAUUCUCAUCAUACCAAGUCAAUUGUUUUUUUUUUUUUAAUUCGCAUGUAAGUGUUGCCAAGGCACAUUUUUUAUUCUGGAUGUGACCACCGAACGUUUAGUGUUGUCAUCAGUAAUAUUUGCAGCACUUGGUUGAUAAGACAUCGCUAGAUGGUCAAUUUUAUAACCUACAUACAGUUUUAGAGUGGAAUUGCAAUCAGGCUGUUGCUGUCCUCAGUUCAGUAGGAAUCAGUAUCGGUAUCAGUAGACAAAAGCAGAAAAGACUGACACUGUCGGUCUUCCACCCAGAGGUUUUGAAGACCCUCUGUAAAAGUUUUACUGAACAUGGUCCUUUCCCCACACACAGAAUUACUUUGUUACAUGUGA